UGUAAAAAAUUAUUUUGUAUUUAGAAUUUUUUAAAAUUUUAAUCUUUUCUUAAUAGUGCUUUUUUAAAUAUUAACAAUUAAUUUUACAUUACUCUCUUUAUGUAUUUUAAAGAUUCUUCUCAAUAAUGUCUAAUAAAUUUGAAUAUUUUUUAUUAAUUUCUUGUCUAAUAAGUGCAGUGACAGCAUCGAUCAUUGUCCAAGUGCCCAACGACUGCUAUGAAGAGAACGAAGAUAUCGAAAAAUACGAACCAACAUGGGGCAGUUUAGACUCCAGACCAAUACCGAACUGGUACGAUGAAGCCAAAAUUGGCAUAAUGCUGCACUGGGGAGUCUAUUCUGUACCGGACCGCGGUUCCGAAUGGUUUUGGUUCAAUUGGAGAGCCAAUCAAAAGAAUUAUGUGGAUUAUAUGAAGGAACACUACCCUCCAGGUUUCACCUAUCAAGACUUCGGCAAGGCGUUUAAAACAGAACUGUUCGACCCCGUGUAUUGGGCGAAAUUAUUCGAGGACGCGGGGGCCAAGUACGUGGUGCUCACAAGUAAACAUCACGAUGGUUACGCCAUGUGGCCAUCCAAAUAUGCGUUUAGCUGGAAUUCGAUGGACUUGGGAGCCCACAGGGAUCUGAUAGGUGACCUAGCCGAAGCAAUAAGAAACAACACCGAUCUGAAAUUUGGUUUGUACUAUUCAUUAUAUGAAUGGUUUAACCCCAUUUAUUUAGCCGAUAAAGCCAAUUGUUUCGAAUCGAAUGACUUUGUAAACAAUAAAAUGUUGCCUGAGAUGUUUGAACUUGUAACCAAAUACCGACCAUCAAUAUUUUGGGCGGAUGGCGAUUGGGAGGCGAGUGAUGCAUAUUUUAUGACUAGAAAAUUCCUUACUUGGUUGUACAAUGAUAGCCCGGUUAAGAACGAGAUUGUAGUAAAUGACCGAUGGGGUGUAGGCAUCCCCUGCCACCACGGGGGCUACUUCACAUGCCGAGACAGAUAUGACCCAGGUGUGCUACAACCUCAUAAAUGGGAGAAUGCCAUGACUCUUGAUAAACAAUCGUGGGGGUACCGCAGAGAGGCCAGAUUAGAUGACUACCUGACCACCAAGGAAUUAAUUACAGUCUUGAUUCGCACCAUUGCCUGCGGGGGUAAUAUAUUGAUAAACGUGGGGCCGACCAAGGAAGGGUUGAUAGAUCCUAUUUUUGAAGAGCGUUUGCGAGAAUUGGGCGCUUGGCUGGAAAUCAAUGGUAAAGCCGUGUACAAUACAAAACCAUGGGACUACCAAAAUGAUACAUUAACGGCGGAUGUUUGGUUCACAACACCCAAAGUAAACAAUUCGGCUGUAAUUUAUGCAUUCAUGGUGGACUGGCCAGAAUCUAACGUACUAGAGAUCGAAGUUUUACACCCGUACCUUUCUCCCAGGUGUACAGUGAGAAUCCUUGGCGAACCACAAGACUCACAGUGGACGCUUACUUUGGACACCGUGCAGGUACUAUUGCCCAGCUUAAUUCACACUCAGUCAACAAACUGUUGGGUCCUGGCUUUCACAUGUAUUUAA